UUGUGAGGAACUGAAAGCAGCAGAGGGCAGUUUAGGGGAAAGGGAGGAGCGCCGAGCAGACACCAAGGUUACACAUGAGAAGCCUGAGGAGAAUUUACACAAAGCACAGAGAGGCAGAGAAGUGAAAGAAUAGGUAGAGUUUGUUGGCUUUCAAUCUUACCGCACAGCUAAUUACCAUUUUCUCACUGUGGUGAAAGAAAGAAAACAGAAACUAAGUGAGAAAAACAGCUAACCGAAAAGGGCAGCUGAGGGCAGGAGAAGAAAAAGCAGAAGUAACAAGAAAAGGAGGGAGAGACAGCCGUUAGGUUUAGGAGAUUAAUUGAGGUAGAGAAACAAAACAGCAGAGACAAGGCUGUAAGGAGUGAGCGAGAGAAGGAAUUAGUAAGAAAACAGCAGAUACUCAUUGACAGAGAGGACUAGACCUAACUCAGUGGAUUGCUGACAUCAGCAAAACAAAAGGAAGAAGAGCGUCACACAAGAGGUCACUGUGGUCCAGCAGCAGUGCAGCUCGCCUGAGCCUGUCUACUAUGCAACCAAGACAGCUGAGCUAGAGAGACACAGUUCACACAGAGUCCUCUCUGUAACAGCACCAUGUUGAUGAAAGAGUACCGCAUAUGUAUGCCACUGACUGUGGAAGAGUACAGGAUUGGGCAGCUGUACAUGAUCAGUAAGCACAGCUGUGAGCAGAGUGGUGGGGGAGAAGGGGUGGAGGUGAUAAAGAAUGAGUCAGAUACUCACCCCCAGCACGGCCCUGGACAGCUGACAGAGAAGCGAAUCUACCUCAACAGUAAACUGCCAUCCUGGGCGAAAGCAUUUGUCCCGCGAUUUUUCUACGUGACAGAAAAGGCCUGGAACUUCUACCCCUACACCAUCACAGAGUACUCAGUAUCAUUCCUUCCCAAGUUCAGCAUCCGCAUUGAGACAAGAUUCGAGAACAACAACGGCGAUAACGACAAUGUGUUUGAAGACACGCCGACCCCAGCAGAGAAUGUGAGUUUCCUGGAUAUCCUGAGUGACCCCAUCCCUGAAAAGCACUACAAAGAGUCGGAGGACCCGGGUCGCUGGCAGUCAAGUAAAACUGGCAGAGGGCCUCUGGAGAAAGGCUGGAGAGACGACCACAAGCCUAUUAUGUGCUCCUAUAAGAGGGUACAGUGCAGCUUCGAGGUGUACGGCUUCCAGACAAGGACUGAGGAAUUCAUACACAAAAACAUCCGGGACAUUCUUCUGGUUGGCCACAGACAAGCAGUAGCAUGGAUAGACGAAUGGCACGGUGGAGAAAGAGAAAGAGAAAGAGAAAGAGAAAGAAAAAGAAAAGAGAAAUCAAGCUGCAACAAAUCUGCAGUCAUUGCUCAACCUGCUGCAGCUCCUGCCUCUCGUCCUGCGUUCUCUCGCUCCAUCUCAGUGACAGACGAGCUAACACUGAAGAAGAUGGGCGUGACGACUGCGGCCACGUCUGACCCUUCACUCUCCUCUGUGCCACAAAGUCCCAUGCGCCUCAACUCCACACCUGAAUGAUGCCUCACACAUAGACACACACAUUGUACUGUACAGCAGGUACACACAGAAACCAAUGUCAACACUCACCAGUCAUGUGAUGUUGUUUCACAAACACUAACCCACCCACAUGCAAACAGUGACUUAACGGACAUUUUGUGUUGGCUCAAUUUCCAGUUUCCAGUGUACAAACUUAAACCAGUCUGAUUUUAUGCAAACUGCCUGUACAGGCAUUUGUCAUUAUGACAUGUUCUGGAAAAUUAAAAAUUAGCCUACAUCAGCAA